AUGCCAACAUAUCUGGUCCACGGCUUUCGUUGGGACCGAAUCCAGAUUCGCGUACACGUAAUUCGACACGAUGUCGAAGAUGCCGCUACAGAAUGGAUUAUGGGGCCAUCGACCUCUGUCGCCCUCCUAAAUUCCUUCUACACACUCUUCGACUUCCUCCCUCCUUCAUCACCGCCUCUAGUAACACGGCCGGUCUCUCAAUCUCCCGCGCGCUCCGUCGAAUCGGAAACCGCGAAAUCUCCAAAUAGACUCUCGAAGAAGAACACGAAAUCAAGGCAGAGCAUGAAAGCAGGCUUGUCUCUCAAGAAGGGAAAACCAGCAGACAUAAACACCACAGCAGCGAAGGAUGGUCCCAAUGGAAGGCAGAACACUCCACCAUCUCGCUCUUACGGCACAAGCCCUACUUCGAGUAGCGCAAAUACCACAACACCUGCGGCAGAAGCGCCAUUCAAUAGCUGGUCGGUUGUGAAAAUACUUGAACAGUACGAUCCGGAGGAUCUGACAAGCGCGUCUCAACCAUACGCGUACCUCAGCGAUUACAUCCUCCCCGUCACGCUUGGGAUUUCGAUCGCGGAAGAGAUCAAUAAAUAUGAGGCAGUGCAAAGAGCAGAGGAGAUUGCGAUAGCGGAUCCAGCAGAGGGCGUUAGUGAAAGGGAAACUCGAAGGAGGAGCAGAAGAUUGGGCUGGUUCGAAAAGUUGAGAGAUGAAGUAGGCAAGGGGGCUGAGAUUGGGUGGUUCGUGGUUGUUUGUGGAGAUGAGGAAAGAGAUUUCGGAAACUUGGAAGAGAGUGCAAGUGAAGAUGGAGAAGUACCAACGGAAACAGUGAAGAGUCCUAGGAGUGCUGGGCUAAGAGGAUUCUUUGGAAGGAGAGAGAAGAAAGUUGUGACUGCGGAAUGA